UCGCCAAUUUACUCGUGCAGUAGACACACUCGAGCGUAGAAAUAUUUUCCGAAACAGAACCUUUUCUGUAACAGUUUUCAGUUAAAUACCAAUCAGUUCCGAUCAUAGCUUCGACCAGAAUGGAUGUGAAUAUUUUACUGUGUGCGGUGGUGGUCAUCGUUUUGACCUAUCUAUAUCAUCUUUUAACAAAAAAUAAUGACUACUUCCAUAAUAAACCAAUACCUUCGUUGGCGGUGAAACCACUGUUGGGAUCUUCGGGGUCACUAUUACUGAAGCAAGUCACUUUUCCGGACUUCAUCAUGUCGGUCUAUAACAAGUUUCCGAAUGUGAAAGUUCUGGGAAUGUUUGAUACCACCGUGCCAAUGUUCGUCAUUCGCGAUCCGGAGCUAAUCAAGCGAAUUACUGUUAAAGACUUCGACCAUUUUGUUGAUCACCGACCAUUAUUCGGAUACAGUGAGGAAAUCGACAGUCCACAUGCACUGUUCGGGAAGUCACUGUUCUCAAUGAACGGCCAGCGGUGGCGGGAUAUGCGGGCAACGCUCAGUCCUGCUUUCACCGGAAGUAAAAUGCGACAGAUGUUUUACCUAAUGACAAACUGCAUAGAGGCGAUGGUUGAGUUUUACGAGAAUGAUCUGAGAAAAACCACGGGCUCAAAAGAUGUGGAACUCAAAGAUAUUUUAUCAAGGUUGGCAAUGGAUGUGAUUGCAUCAUGUGCUUAUGGACUGAAGUUGGAUUCGUUCAAAGAUCAGAAUAGCGAAUUCAUACGGCAGGCGAGGAAAAUGUUGGCCUUCGACAAACUAGGGACUGUGAUUAAAAUAUUUGCCUUUCGUUGGUUUCCGAAAAUUGUUGGGAGCCUAGGAUUAGAUUUAAUUGAUCGAGAACAGGCUGUAUAUUUUUCCGCAAUCAUAAAAGAUACUGUGAAAACUCGUGAAAGCAAGGGAAUCGUUCGGCAUGAUAUGAUCGAUUUACUACUUCAAGCUAGAAAGGGAACUUUGAAGCAUCACCAGGAAACUGAAUUGCUUGAAGGGUUUGCCACCGUACAAGAAUCUGAUGUUGGAAAAGCUGAGGUUUCAACACCAAUGACCGAGACGGAAAUGAUCGCACAGUGUUUCUUAUUCCUACUUGGGGGAUUUGACACAGUCUCAGCAUCGGCAACUUUUUUGAUAUACGAAUUAAUCCGCAACACUGAAAUCCAGCAAACUUUAUAUGAAGAAGUUCAACAGACACACAAGGCUCUUGGCGGGAGUCCUUUAACAUACGAUGCAUUACAGAAAAUGAAGUACCUGGAUAUGGUAGUUUCUGAAUCACUACGAAUAUGGCCACAAGCGCCAGCAAUUGAUAGACUUUGUGUUCAUGAUUACACUCUAGAUGAUGGCGAAGGAUUGCGGUUUACCAUCGACAAAGGCACUUCAGUUUGGAUCCCGGUACAAGGUUUACAUCACGAUCCAAAAUACUUUCCAAAUCCGGAAAGAUUUGAUCCAGAGCGAUUUAAUGAUGAGAACAGAACAAAGAUCAAUUUAGGAACCUACUUGCCGUUUGGAAUAGGUCCCCGAAAUUGCAUAGGAUCUCGAUUUGCAUUGAUGGAAAUUAAAGCCAUCGUAUACUAUUUGUUACUGAAAUUUUCGUUCAAUAGAAACGAAAAAACGCAGAUUCCACUGAAGCUGAAAAAGGGUUUUACUAAUUUGAUGGCCGAGAAGGGAACACACAUCACACUUAAAUUACGAGUCGAUAAUUAAUUUGUAUUUGUAAAAUGAGCAAAUUAUUUUUACAAGUGUUAAGGACUGAGUGAUAAAAUACACUGAAGUCUUUUUUA